AUGCCCAAGAUGCUGAUGAGCAAGGAGUACGUACAGCUAACUGGGAAAACUAUUGGGGAAGUGAGAGCAGUAGCAGACAUGCACCAGAGGAAAGCUGAGAUGGCUCGUCAUUCCGACUGUUUCAUCGCCUUACCAGGAGGGUAUGGUACUUUGGAAGAGUUGCUAGAAGUCAUAACAUGGGCCCAGCUUGGAAUCCACGACAAACCCGUGGGUUUGCUUAAUGUGGAUGGCUACUAUGAUUACUUGCGGACUUUCAUCGACAAGGCCGUGGCCGAUGGCUUCAUCCACCCAUCUCAGCGGUCCAUCAUCGUCUCUGCCCCAAAUGCCAAACUACUCCACAAACUUGAAGAGUACGUGCCAGUACAUGAUGGAGCGGUGGCGAAGGCCAAGUGGGAAGCAGAACAAGUGGAGAACAAUGCUACCUUGCACCCUGAAUUGGAUCGUUAA